ACAGAGAAUGAAACUGAAACUAGUUCUGCGGUUUGAGGAUAUAAGAGACAGGUGUAUUCUUUCACUCUUGCGCAGUUAGGCUUAAUAGUCCCUCCUGAAGUGUUGUGUUCGUAUCGUCCCAGUUAUUGGUGGUUGAUUCUAGAUCGCAUCGGCUUGACUUGAAACGAGUUCAAAUGCAGGUAAACUCUGGGCCUUUAGGUCUACACUCUACACAGCCAACUGGACUUGUUUACGGAAAAACGCCAACUGUCUGAUCAAUAUACUGGAAUUUGAGCUUCAUAGCAUGACUUGCUAAAAAGGUAUAAACUCAGGACUUCUUCCCACAUCUCCCUGUGUGAAGGCGGCUGCCUAACAGAAACAUGUUACAACCACCUCACAGAGAGCGCUGUGAUUCUGCGGACAUGGAAGAGGUUAUCUUUCGUAUUUGUCGUGACUACGAUAAGGAUCGUUUACAAAGAUUUCUUUCUGAAACACGCCAGAAUCUUCCCUUGGUCCUUGCAUCGGACUCCAGGCUUUGCAAAGCUAGUUCACACUCAACGCCCCCGGGAACUCGUUCAGUUAGCAGCUGCACUUCACGGGAAGUCGAGCUACGCAGGCAAGUUUCUGUAGCGGAGCCUGGUGCUUCAGGAAACAACAACCAGCAUGAAGAACAUGACAAUAUGGUCCGAAACAACGACCGGGACAACAGAGCUGGUCACGAUGAGGUGACAAAGGACUCUGGGGUGAGCUGUGAGAGACUGUCCUCUGACGUUGACUCGGAACUGGACUUCGACACGUUGAAGAAAAACCAGGAAGAGUUGGUGGCGGGAUGUUUCUAUUUCCCAUCUCUGGACCAAGCAACUGCGAUGGAACUGUUGAGAAAAGCUGAAGUUGGGUCUUUUUUAGUCAGAGACAGUUCCCACCCUGACUACAUUUAUACUGUGAGUGUCAAGAGUGAGCAAGGGGCCACGAGCGUUCGUAUCUCCUACAUUGAUGGGUUGUUUGGGUUUGACGGAGAUGAAGAGCAGCCCAAAGUCCAUACAUGCUUUGGCAGCCUGAUGACUCUCUUAGACUUCCACGCUUUAAACCUGCGUAAAUAUGGAAAACGUCUGACGAUGCGAGCAAAGACGUGCAGAAAAGCUGUUGAGAUUCCCUUUAUAAAGCCUUUCAGAAGGACAGUGCCAUCCCUUGCUCAUUUGGCUCGGGUCAAAAUCAAUUCAUCUCUGGACACUGGAGAGUUUUAUGAACUGUCCGUGGCAUCACUGCCGCUUUCAAGCAAGCACAAACAGUUUUUGAGAGACUAUCCUUACAGGUUGUGACAUGAACAAUUCUCGUCAGUGAUGGUAUUUUGAAUGAGUGUAUCAUAGAGAUAAUGUUCUAUAGGGAAGUUGUGCUCUGGUGAUACGUCCUGUUCUCUCGAGAAAUCUUUUCUUUCUGCCUGUCCGUGAAAGAUGCAAACAUCAUAAUAUCAUUUUGUUAUCUAUAUAUAUUAUAUUUGAGAAAGUUCGUCACUUUGGUCACCUAAAACUUCGGAACCACUUAACUUUCGAAUUUGAAAAAAUUAACGGUGGUUCAGAAUCAUUUAAAGGGUGCACAGUUUUACUGAGGAGUCUGAAGUCCCUGCAGUUUAAUUUUCAGUGUUUAAUUAGUUUCGUUUAGAUCUAAUCUUACGAAAGUCCGUCUUCAAAGACGCCGUUGUAAAUAAGUGAGGCUUCCGUUCACAAAGAGUGCGUGCACUGAGCCCACAAUGAUUUGACAAUCGAUUCUUUUGAGUCCGUUCAUCGAACGGGAAACCCAGCUAGUAUACUAUAUUUUCCAAAGGCAUAUUAUUAGUGUAGUAGAGGAACGACAAAAAUACUGGAAGAAAGGAAAAAAUUGCAAAAGAAACAAAAAGUAUCGGGAUGUACAUAGAAUUAGGUCACUUUCAACAUACUAAAAAUGUACAUUCACGCUUUAAUGGGAAAUGCUAUUUUUAGCUCAUGACGUCAUCGGGGUCAACUUUAUAAAAAUAUCUUUUAGAACAUAGUCAUGUUGCACCUCGUUUGAAAGCUCGACAAAAAUGCUGUUUGAAUAUGUAAUAUUGAAAAAGCUUGGAGGCCAAAUAGGAACACAAACACAC